AUGGGCUGGGUCGAGCGGACGAAUAUGGCCGUGGCCCAGAGCGCGGUUGGAAGGCGUUUUAGACUCGAGUUCUCGGGGCAUAGGAGGGAAAGGAAAGGAACGAGAUUUCUGACAGAGGUCAGAGCUGGAUUGGCAACAUUCUUUGCAAUGGCUUAUAUCAUCUCAGUCAAUGCUCAAAUUACAGCUGAUAGCGGCGGUACCUGUAUAUGUGUAUCUAAUGGGUUUCUGCCAUCGGAUCCUUUUUGUAUGAACAAGAAAAAUCCUGCAUAUAUCCCUUACGAAAAAUGCGUUCAAGAAGUCAACAGAGAUUUGAUAACGGGAACAGCGGCAAUUGCAGCUCUUUCAAGUUUUAGCAUGGGCUUUUUCGCCAACAUGCCAUUAGCUUUGGCGCCUGGCAUGGGGUUGAAUGCAUAUUUCACAUAUCAAGUCGUCGGUUUCCAUGGUAGCGGUACGGUGUCGUAUCGCUUGGCUUUGACAGCCAUCUUUGUCGAAGGGUUGAUCUUCGUCCUCCUCUCGAUUUUCGGAUUGCGGCAAUGGUUGGCAAGAGUAAUCCCCCAGAGUCUCAAAAUCGCUAGCGGUGUCGGAAUUGGACUAUAUCUCGCUCUUAUAGGCUUGACAUAUGACGCUGGUAUCGGAGCAAUCACCGGUGGAAGCGAUGACCCCCUAAAGCUCGGCGGAUGUGUUCCUUCUGCGCGUGGAGGAUCGGAUCAAUCUUGUCAACAUGGAAAGAUGAGAAAUCCAACCAUGUGGCUUGGCAUAUUCGGCGGAGGUAUAUUUACAGCUUUCCUCAUGAUGUAUCGCAUAAAAGGUGCCAUCAUUGCCGGGAUUCUAGUUGUGUCUAUCAUAUCCUGGCCGCGCAAUACACCUGUCACGCACUUCCCGAAUACUGAGAUUGGCGACUAUAACUUCGCGUUUUUCAAGAAGAUCGUCACAUUCCAUCCAAUCGAGAAAGUCCUAGUAGCACAAGACUGGGACAUUGGUGGGAAGAAUACAACGCAGUUCUUCGUCGCUCUUGUGACUUUCCUCUAUGUGGAUAUUCUGGAUGUAACUGCGACGUUAUAUUCCAUGGCUCGCUUCUGCGGUGCCAUAGACGAAGACACGCAAGACUUCGAGGGCUCGUCAGUCGCUUACCUCGUUGAUGCCAUGGGUAUAACAAUCGGUUCUCUUUUUGGCUCGCCACCGGUGACCGUUUUCGUCGAAUCUGGAGCGGGUAUAUCAGAAGGAGGAGCAACAGGAAUUACAGCAUGCGUCACUGGUAUCUGCUUCUUCUUGUCACUGUUUUUCGCGCCGGUCUUCGCGAGCAUUCCCUCCUGGGCUACGGGUUGUGCCUUGAUUCUUGUUGGUGCCAUGAUGGCUCGCGCUAUUACUGAUAUCAACUGGCGCUACAUCGGCGACUCUGUUCCUGCUUUUCUUACCAUGACUGUUAUGCCCUUUACAUACUCCAUCGCAUACGGACUUAUCACUGGUAUUGUGACUUAUAUCAUUCUAAACACUGGUGCCUGGAUUAUUGCAGUAGUCUCCUCAGGUAGGAUCAUUCCGCCAGAGAUUGAUCUGAAAGAUCCUUGGACCUGGAAAGUUCGAGGCGGAUUCUUGCCUGGGUGGCCUAAGCGAUUAUGUCGAGGUAAGAAAGACUUUUGGCGAGAUUGGGAUUACGAUGCCGAAGUUGAAGAGGUGGAUAGUAGAGAUUCUUAUGUUCUCCGCAAGAAGAGCCAAAGGAGUGCUCAUCGUUUGGGAAGAAACAGAGCCAGCGAUAUGACUGAUGGAGGGGCGGUGCAGGUAGCCAUGGAUGACUUGGAACUUGGUGGACACGGCGGAAGAGCGUGGGAUGUCAAUCGUCUUGCCGGAUUUAGCGAUGGCCGCGGAAUGGGUCAUCACACUCAUCAUCCUAGCCAAGAUGUCGGAUCUGUGGAUCUUGCUCCUAAUGAGGCGCCUGGGACGUCGGUCGCGAAAGAUGAAGCUCAACCGCGUGUUUCGGAACGGUCAAGUUCUGGCUUUAGGGCGAGCUGGAUGGGCAGCAUGAUCGGUAGCGCGAGGGGAAGCGGGAUCAUGGUCAUUGAGGGCAUUAGAAGUGUCAGCGGCAGCCUAAGACGAUAG